AAAAUAAUUUUAAAAAAAUGUCGUCUAAAACGUUGCAUUUAAUUUUGCUUAUUGGUUUAAAAUGGUGUUUUGUUUUUGCUUUUUCAAAUAAUAAUAAUAAAUCUUCAGUGGUUUAUGGUGGUAAUUGCACUAAUGGUUGGUUGGAGUAUAAAAAUCACUGCUACAAUUUUGCUUAUGGUAAUUUGUUUUACGGAAAAACAUGGAAUGAUGCUCUUUUAACAUGUCAAAGCUAUGGAGGUAGUUUGGUAAAAAUAGAUGAUCAAGAAGAAAAUUAUUUUAUUUUAAAUCAGACAUACUGGUGGAGUUAUUAUUGGAUUGGUCUUAAUGAUAUUCAGACUGAGGGAACAUAUAAAUGGUCUGAUAAUACAACAGGAUUUUUUUUUAAUUGGGGAAUUAAUGAACCCACUGAAUUAGAUGGAGAUGAAGACUGUGUGGAGACAACUCGUGACGGUUGGAAUGAUCUUAACUGCAACGCAAAGCUUGGUUUUAUUUGUAAAAAAGCUAAAAAUGGUGGUAAUUGUACUUAUGGGUGGGAAGAUAUAUGGAAAAAUGGAAGCUAUUGCUAUCUAUUUUCUUAUAGAUAUUAUUAUUACGGAUAUACUUGGAAUCAAUCUCAUUUAGCUUGUCAGAACUCUGGUGGAAGUUUGUUAAGCGUAUCGAAUAAAGAAGAAUAUUUUGCAAUUAUAAAUAGAAUGUAUUGGUCGAUUUUUCAAUUAUGGAUAGGUUUAAAUGACAUUCAGACUGAGGGAAAGUUUGUUUGGAAUGACAAUACAACAUCACAGUUUUUUAAUUGGAGAAGUAAGGCACCUGAUAAUAUGAAUGUCAAUGAUGACUGUGUGGGAAUACACAGAAAUGAUGGUUGGAAUGACAUGAGUUGUAAUAACCAUAAUGGUUAUAUUUGUGAAGUCGGAAAAGAUGAUCCUUGUUUUGAUUACAAAACAAUUGAUGACUUUGAAAGAAGUACUGCAUUUAAAAUAUCUCCAACAGAUUCUUCUACAUGUCAUCAACCAUUAAGCACAGAUUGGUAUCGGUUUACAAGUGGUGCUGGGGGAAAAAUGCCAAUAAAAGCUCCACCACCUUACUCAUGUGGGGUUAGAAAUCCUGUUUGGCUAAACGGUACAGAACCAUCUGUAAUAGAUGAAAUUAAAUCACUUCAAGCUUGUGUUGUAGUUGAUAAAGAUACAUGUGCUAAUAAAACUGAUGUCAAAGUUAAAAAAUGUUUACGAAACAGCGAAGAGUAUUUUGUAUAUUAUUUGCAACCACUUCCAAGCUGUUCAAUGAGAUAUUGUGCAGGUAGUGAAAAGAAAUGCGAACCUGAAGAAAGUUCAUUAACAAGUUUUACACCUUGCUCAAGUCCUUGUUUGGUAUACAAAGAAAUUGAUGAUUUUCAAAGAAGUACUGCUUUUAAAGUUAUUUCUAAUACUUUUCUUCCAUGUGACAAAGAAGGAUUUAGCACAGCUUGGUAUCGUUUUGUAAGUGGGGCUGGUGGUCAAAUUCCAACAAAAAACCCACCCCCUUAUUCUUGUGGUGUUAGGUAUCCUGUUUGGCUAAAUGGCAUUGAACCAUCUGUGGUUGGCGAGAUAAAAUCGCUAAAUGCUUGUGUGGUAGUUGAUGAAAAUUUCUGUGCUAAUACGACCAAUGUUAAAGUAAUGAAAUGUUUUCAAAAUAAUAAAGAUUACUUUGUUUACUACUUACAAGCACUACCCAGUUGUCCUAUGAGAUACUGUGCAGGUAGUGAAAAGAAAUGUGAUCCUGAAGAAGUUUCUCCAACAGGUUUUACCCCAUGCUCAAAAAAUUUUCCAAAGAUAGAAAAGGAUCCAAUAGUCACUGUUGGUGUAAACAACAAAAGAAUAAGGUUCAUUUGCGAAUUCCACACUGUAAAAGAAAGUAAUGCACGAUAUGAAGUGACAUGGUUUCAAGGGCCUGUAGAAGAACAAAUUAAAGGUCCUGAAAUUUUUACAAGUGAUCAGAAUAGAAGUUUUCUUCAAAACACUAAUAAAUAUGGAGAGAAUUGCACAUUUCACAUGGGCUAUAAUAUUUAUUGCAAAGUUCGAUCAUAUUACAUUGAAAGUAAAGAAAUAAAAAGUCGAUAUAGGAAAAGUAAUGAAUUUUUUGCAGGGUUUCAGGUAAAUCCAAAGGUAUUGGUUCUUUCAGAGCAAGAAGCUCCGGUUAAUAUCACUGUUAGAUCAACAGUACCUAUUGUAUGUGGAGAUGGAACUGAAAAGUGUAGAGUUCUCAUUGAGAUGGGUCAAACAACUACUGACCAUUUUGUAGAUCACUGUACAUUGCAAUUUAAACCUGGUCCAGCCGGACAGAAAAAAGAAGUUGAAGUGGUUGCUAAACGAGACUUUGUGGAUGAUGGGGAUCAGCGUAUGUUUUUGAAAUUGUUUAUUCCAGACCACAUAGAUCCAGUGGAUUGGAGUUGUCAUAAGCAAUUUACUGAUGUUGAGAUAAGAACAAUUGAUAUUAAAACAGCACGAUGCACAUCUUCUGGUGAUCCUCACUUUACAACAUUUGAUCGAUUAUACUACAGUCAUUAUUAUGUUGGAGAUUAUGUUUUAGUUCAAAGUACAGCACGAAAUUUCAAGGUUCAUGCUCGAACUUUUGCUUGCAGCCAAUCAGUUUCUUGUAAUUGCGGUGUAGCAGCACAAGAAGGUGAUGAUGUGAUUGUGAUUGAUAUGUGUAGAGACAAUGUACCUAGAGCUCGUUUUGCCAGUAAAGUAGAUCCUCAAUCAGGAACAUCAUUAACAAGAGAUAACAACGGAAAGACAUUCUUGAUAUCAUUUCCAUCUGGUGCUUUUAUAAAAUUUACUACUCAUUACUGGAGAAACCAUUUUGCAAACAUUGAAGUUCAACUACCACCUGAUGAUUUCAAUAAAACACAAGGUUUAUGUGGAACUUUUGACAAUAACCAAUACAAUGAUAUGAUGGCUAAAGAUGGGAAAAUAUAUUUGGAUAAAAAUGGAUGGUUUGCAAAACCUGAGUUUUCUGAAAGUUGGAAACUUAAUGCUUCUCAAGAGAAUUUGUUUUACUUCAAAGAUGAGCCUAAAAAAUGUACAGCAACACGAGCUAAAACAUAUUGCAUUUGUAGUCAAGGUUGCAGUGGGUCUCAACGAAAAGUCAAUUGUGAUUUUGAAGGGUAUGUUGAUCGUCCCAAAUACAUAAAUGGAAUGAUUGGCUGGAAAUUUUUGGAAUUUCCAGGAGCUAAGCAUUGUGGACGUCGUAAACGCAGAUCUAUGGAUGACAACAUAAUUGUCCUUCCUGAUGAUGGUAGUACAGGAAUUUAUGAUUACAACCCUGUUCAAGUUUCUGGUAUUCUUACAAACUUUCCAACUGCAUCUGGUAUAACAGAAAAUGAAGCAAAAGAGGUUUGCAAAAAUAGAAUAACGAAUUCAACAGCUGGAAAAGCUUGUCUUGAUGUCAUUGGACCUUCAUUUUUAACAGAUAGUUAUGAGCAGCAAUGUGUUAUUGAUAUUAAGGUAACAGACAGUUUAGCAAUGGGUGUUGAAUCUGCCAUUAAUAAUUUAAUCAGUGCAUGUGAAGAGCUCACUUUAAGAAACUUGUCUUUCUGGAAGAGUGCUGAUGGCAACAUCUCUUCACCGCCAUCAAUAAUUGCAGAAAGUGUAUGCCCAAAUGAAUGUAAUGGAAAUGGAAAAUGUAAAAAUAGCACUUGCAUAUGCAAUGCUGGUUUUAUAACAGCUGACUGCUCUAUGAAAGAAGGACAAUCUCCUGUUUUAUAUGGCAUACCAAACUCUGGACUAUGUGACAUAAGGGAUAAAGAUUGCAUUCGUACUCGUGUCAUUGGAAAAGACUUUAUUGAUUCCAGUUCUUUAUCUUGUAGGAUGACAGAAGUGAAAAUUUCUGAAAAGCCAUUUGAAAAAAUAGGAAAACCACUGGAUAACCAAGGACAGCUUUUAAGUUUUGCUGAAAUAAGUUGUUUGCUACAUAAAGCUCCAGUUAAUAUUAAAUACUCUUCUAUUCAACCUGGAAAACCUGUAGGAGGUUAUUUAAUCAGUGUGUCAAACAAUAAUUUAAAUUUCAGUGUAAAUGAAACAUUGUUUCUUGUAUAUGACUCUAAGUGCAUGGAAUGCAACAUCACAGAUGCAACAUGUAAAUGGAAGGAUAACAGUUGCAAAAUUAAUGAAUAUUGUUUUGCAAUAAACGAUCCUAAUCCAAAACAAUGGUGUGAAGUUUGUAAUCCAGUAAAAAGUCGAACAUCAUUUUCAGAAAGAACAAACAACAUUGCUCCAUGGUUUAAGAAAAGUACGCCGAUGCUAUAUGCGUUUAAAGGUCAGCAAUGGAAGUAUGAGAUACCAGCUUAUGAUCCUGAAAAUCAACCCUUGACAUAUAAAUUCGAAGGUGAAAGUCAUGGAAUGAAAAUAUCUACUGUAGGAAUUUUAACUUGGAAUCCUAAUAGAAUUGGAAAUUUUAUUUUUGCGGUUAAAAUCACUGAUCCAUGUGGUUUGUCAGCUUUUUCUCAUUUCGAAGUUGAGACGAAGCAAUGUGACUGCGAAGAUAAAAAUGACGGUUUUUGCAUCUGGCAAGGAGAACCCGGCAACAUUAAUUCAUCAAUUUGCCAAUGCCCUAACGGUUGCACAGGAGAACUAUGUACCGAACCAAUCGAUGGUUUAAUUUGUACAAUAAAAAUUAAGAAUAAGGAUCGUAAGAAGUUGGAAGGUCUUUCUGAUACGAUACUGGCUGUUAUCAUAGUUCUAUCGGUUUUAUUCCUAGCAAUAUUUUCUGCAUUAGUUCAUAAAUUUUUUUUUAAAAAAAAUAAGAUUUUAAUUAAACAAUCAAAAGAUACAAAUGUUUUUAGUGAUGAUUCCGAAAGUAAAUCUGGAAUUUUGAUGAAUAAUAUAAAAAGUUGCGAUAAAAGUUAUAAUAACGAGGCCUUUGUUAAAAAUGAAGUCAACUCAAUAGAGAAAAGAAAACAGGCUUGGCAAACAUAAACUUUAUAAGUUGUUGUUUUAUUUUUUUAUUUUUUUGUAUGAAAUAAUAUUGAUUUAAUUAAAUAAUGUGUACAUAAUACACGAAUUAAAAGUUUAUUUUAAAUUUAAAAAAAAAAUUAUUAUUAUUUUACAUUAUGUUUUUUACGACAUGGGAUAAAAAAUCUGGUCUUUUUUUGAAACUUUAUUGUUUAAUAAUUUUUUUUAUCUUUUUCAAUUUAAUCUUUUUGUUUUAUCAAAGUAGCAUGCUGCAGCCCAACAACAUUACUCGGAUUAACAAAAUAUUUAUAAAUAAAUAUAGAAUGUAACGACGUCGUCUAAGACUAUAUUUUUACGUCGUUACCUUAACUAUUCUAAUUCAAAAGAAAAAACUGAACAGGUUAAGUGAAAGCAUGCUCGCUAAAUAUUAUUAUAACAACUGAAUGCACAGCACACGUGUUGCGAAGCGGAAAUAGGAUUUUUCUUACUUUUCUGAAAAAAAAAUUCAAUUUUAAUAUUUAAAUUUUUUUUUUAAUUUGCUUUUUUAAGUGCGGGAUUUUCAGGGGUAAAAAAACCCGGGUUCUCACUAAAUCUUUAUAUUACAUACAAUAAUAUCUGAAUUUCCUCAAUUUUUUUGCAUUUUAUCAAAUAAAUGAUAUAUUUUGUAAAUUAAAAACAAAGAAAAGAAAUAAAAAAUGUUUGGAUCA